GGCUGUUCAGACUGGGCUCAUUGAGCUGCAGGUCAUUCAUCGAGCUUUCCUCCUCAGCAUCAUCCUCUUCGUCGUGGUGGCUUCCAUUCUGCAGUCCAUGCUGGAGAUUGCUGACCCCAUAGUUCUGGCACUGGGGGCCUCCAGAGACAAGAGUCUGUGGAAGCACUUCAGAGCAGUAAGUCUUUGUCUUUUCCUGCUGGUCUUCCCUGCUUACAUGGCUUACAUGAUCUGCCAGUUCUUCCGUAUGGACUUCUGGCUGCUCAUAAUCAUCUCCUCCAGCAUCCUCACAUCACUGCAGGUACACAAACCUCACACAGUAAUACAAAUGAACAGUUGCUAUCACGGCGCAUAGACACUCCUGCAGUGUCAAGUUUUGUUAAGAGAUGAAGUGGUAUAAUAGUAUAUAUCGGUUGAUUUUUAUGGUGACUAGAGAUGCACGAUAUA